AUACAUUGAAAACAAAUGAUUUGCUUCUGAGUUAAGACAACACUUAAGACAUGGAUUUCUUGGACAAUGACAGCGAUGACGAUGAGUCUCAAACAUAUCAGUUAUUUGGCGGCAAAGAGGGAAUCGUCUUCUUGAUUGACGCCACAGAAGAUAUGUUUAGUUGUGAACAGUUCUCACUCGCCAUUCGUUGUAUUGAAAAUGCUAUGAAAAACAAAGCCAUCGCCAGUCCGGGCGAUGAGUUCGCUAUCAUUCUGUUUGGAACCGAUAAGACGUCAAACGAUUAUAACUUUGACCACAUAUUUGUUGUUCAAAAGUUGCAGAAGACUAGCGCUGAUUUGAUUAUUGGUCUCAAGAGUCUUAUCGACUGCGACUUUGAUAAGGAUUUGGGUCACAAUCGGUAUUCAUUGUCGGAUGUCUUUUCUUUAGCCAUUUCAGAGUUCACCAAAAGCAAAUCAAAAUUUCAAUCAAAACGUGUAAUACUAUUAACAUGUUGUCCGCAACCACACGACGGAAUUACAGCCGAAUCAAAACAUUUGCGAAAGACAGCUAUCAAUAGAUCUAAAGAUUUUAAGGAUCAUAAUAUUUCUGUAGAACUCAUACCGUUGACCACAAAAGACAACAAACCGUUUGAUGUCGAGCUCUUCUAUGAGGACUGUUUUCCCAAACUUAAGGACCAAAAUUGUCAGACUUUGACUAAAUUGGAACCACUGUUGAAGCGAAUUCAUCGCAAAACACAUCGCCAACGAAUGGUGGCGUCGUUGCCCUUUCGUUUGGGACCAAAAAGUGAUGAACAAAAUGAUGGUCAGCAAUACGUGGAAAUGUCGGUCUAUAUCUAUGUGUUGUGUUCAGAUACCAAACGACCCGUUGCCGUCAAAAUUGAUCGAAAAGACAACACAGAGUUAAAAACAGUGGUUCAACGUUGGACCGCCGAUACGGGCGCUCUCCUUAAAAAUGAAGAUUUGAGCAAAAAGUAUCAAUUCGGACAAAGAGAUAUAGUUGUUAAUAAACAAGAGGUUAAGAAAAUGAGCGCAUUUGGCGAAGAACCUGCCCUUUCAUUACUUGGAUUUAAACCGAGAACUGCCAUUAAGUUAAACUUUCAAAUAAAAACUGGUUUUUUUAUUUACCCGAAUGAGAGUCAUAUUGAGGGCAGUAUUACUCUUUUUAAUGCACUAAUCCGACGGUGCGCUGAACGCGACAAAGUGGCCAUUUGUCGCAUCACUUUACGACGUCGAGCUAAUACAUACCUGUGCGCUCUUUUUCCUCAAUUAGAAAACAAAUAUUUAGACAAACCGGGAGGUUUUAAGGCAUUAAUAUUGCCGUUUAAGGAUGACAUCAGAGAUUUAGAAAUAAAAGGUGCAGAAAGACAACCAAUUAAUGGCGAAGCGUUUGAUCUAAUGAAAGAUGUUAUCAGAAAAUUGAAAUUCAUUUACGAUCCGAAAGAUUUCCCGAAUCCUGUACUGCAAACCCAUUGGCGCACAAUUGAGGCGUUGGCUCUAAAUUACGAUAAUAUCGAGCCUUUCGAUGACAGCCAAACACAACCAGAUUAUGACUCAAUCGAAAGUAAAGUCGGUUAUGAUUUAUAUUCAUUGAAUCAAUUGUUGGGCGCCUAUGAAGUGCAACCAAUUGUCAAGAAACCGGUCAAAGUUUAUGAUGAUCUUAAAGAGAUUGCCAGAAAUAAUAAGUUGGGAUCUCUAACUGUGGCCGAACUGCAAGAAUUUUGUCGAAAAAAGAGCAUAACUGCUGACGGAACCAGAAAAGCACAACUCAUGGAAGCGGUUCACAAGUAUUAUAAAUUGUAAAACAAUUGUUAA